CAUAGAAGCUAAAGGAGACUUCCGCUUCCGGCGCGCUCAGGCCUCGUCCCGGUGCAGCCGGCCCGUGCGCAGACGCAGUGCUGAGCCCACAGCUGCGGGACAAAGAGUGACGUCCAGAGCUUGGAGUCAUGGCGGCGACGGAGCCGAGCUUGGCGGCUGCUGGGGGCCUCGCGCUACCGCCAGAGAAGGAGGAAGGAGCCGGCCUGCGUUCAGGCUCGGAGCGUAAUUCUGCGGGCUCCUCGUCGACCCUUAAGGCCGCACCACCUGCCCCCGAAUCCUCCAGUGCCAACGCCGCAGCCACCGAAGCAAUUCGUACGCCCCCUGCGGCGGCCUCCGCGGCCUUGGAGCUGCCCGUCGGGCCCCCAGCUCUGAGCUCCCCGCCGCAUGCCGAAGCCGCUCCGCGCUCCCCCCCACACCCUGGCGGCUCCCGACCCGGCCCGGAGACAUUCCGCCAGCGUUUCCGGCAGUUCCGCUACCAGGACGCCGCAGGUCCGCGGGAGGCGUUCCGGCAGCUGCGGGAGCUCUCCCGCCAGUGGCUGCGACCCGACAUCCGCACGAAGGAGCAGAUCGUGGAGAUGCUGGUGCAGGAGCAGCUGCUGGCCAUCCUGCCUGAGGCGGCGCGGGCCCGGCGGCUUCGCCGCCGCCCCGAUGUGCGCAUCACGGGCUGAGCUGCGCAGCUGCGGGCGGCGGGGCCCCGGCGUUCUCUGAGCUGGGGCCACGAUCGGGUCCAGGGGCCUGAGCCAGGCUCACCGUUCGGCGUUGAAGAAAAAUGAGUUUUUGGCAGCUCCAGCGUCUGACGUGCCCCUUUUCGUUCGUCCCUUACUAGGUGUAUUUUCCCGAGCCUAUUCCCUUCAAAUCUCCUUUUUGGCUGGUGGCAAAACCCGCGUUGGGACCCAUGAGAAUAAAGCCUUUGUUUCCUGUUCA